GGGCGGGAAAGAGGACGGACAUUGCAGUAGAGCCCCCGCGAUUCAUGCUCCCUCUGCUCGCAAGACGUAUUGCAUUCAACUCUGUCUCUGUCCCUACCACACCUUUGGUUCGUCUGGUGAUUGCUCGUCAUUUUGUAACCAUGCCGCCCUCACGCAAGCCAGUCCACCGUGCCCUGUUGCUGCUGCCACCUGCACCAGCUCCGUCAUCGUAUGCAGCACUCAAGGCUGCAUACAACGCCCCAAUAUGCACCGUUUUGAAAGAGCUGGCAGCAUCACAGUCUAAAUCACAGGGGCAUACUCUCUUGGAAAUUGCUUUACCAUGCCCGCACCUGUACGGACAUCUUGAUGCGCCGCGGGGACCCUAUUACGCCAUCACGCAGCAGCUAGUCGCUGACCUCUACAAGCUCAUUUGCAUCACGACAAGCAGGCACGCUAUCGAUACUGAGGAUGAGGAAGGUAUCGACGCUCGCAUUGUGCUGGUGGCAUACCCAAGAGACGGUCACCUGAUCGGGCCCCUGCCGGAUGCUACUCCAGAGCAGGAACUCCAAGGCCCAGCCGUCGACAUGCAUACACUAGCUCGCAGUCAUCGGUCAUGGAACGUCGUCUAUUCAGUCGAGAGUGAACAAGGCGAGCAAGUGCUGAGCGCCUUUGCAUCUCUAGCCAAAUCUCAGUACGCUGUGAACAAAGUCCGGGGCGGACUAGUGAGUGUAGACGCUUCGGCGCCAGAGUCGUCUCUUGAACAGGCCAGUGCAGCCACGAACCACAUCUCAGUAGCUGUUGGAGGGACUUUUGAUCAUCUUCACAUUGGCCACAAGCUGCUGCUAACCAUGUUCGCAUUCAUGCUGGGGAGACGGCAGUCGUCUACUCCAGAGUCGAAGCCCAGUGUGCUUACCGUUGGAAUCACUGGAGAUGCCCUGCUACAGAAGAAAAAGUAUGCAGACCAGCUUGAGAGCUGGAAGCAACGCCAGGAGUCUGUACACGACUUUCUCUCACACCUUGUCUACUUUGGAUCUCCAAAUGACGAGCGGAUUCGCGUCGAAGAACUGAAUGAGCCUGGGCCAAAUGGCCAUGCCGUGCACGUCAGCUAUCCCCUUGGGCUCACUAUCAAAUAUGUCGAGAUAUGGGAUCCUUUUGGCCCGACCAUCACCGACAAGGACAUUACCGCCCUGGUGCUGUCGCUCGAAACGAGGAGCGGGGGUGCGGCAGUCAACGAAAAGCGCAAGGAGCAGUGCUGGGAGGCGCUCGAGGUGUUUGAGGUUGCGGUUCUCGAUGCCAGCGAAGAAGACAACGUGGACGAAUCUUUCGAGAGCAAGCUGAGCAGUACCGAGAUCCGGCGCAAACACAGCGAGCGCGCUCGGGUCUAGAGCACAGGGGGCGAGGAAGAUGAGGCGAAGACAAGCAGGCGGAAAUGACGGAUAAAGGCAGGGCGAGUUGAGGCAGUAUGUGGCGGUAUGUAAGUCGAUGGACGGGUGGACAGGUGGACAGGGUGGAAAAAAAGACAAAUCGACGUCUGGGUUGAGUGCUUGUGUAACGGAGCACCAGGGCUGGGUGCGGAGGAUGAGGCGACACGACGACACAAGAUGCAAAUGACGUUGUGGGGGG